GGGAAAUAUCCAUGACUUUUUCCAUAGGUCAGGGAAGAAACCAGUGCGAAGUGAAUUAUUAAAAAUGGAUGCUAGUGGUGAAGCCAAUUCAUCGAUGCAUGAUACGAUAACUAUUCCCGGAAUGUUAUCGGGUCCAGAGGCUAAGGAGGGUUUCAGCUUUGAAGCCAUUGAACGAACAUCAUCGAUAGUAAAAGAAGGCAAUGAAAUGUCAACGGAGUCUUGUGCCACGAAACGUAACGCUUCCUCUACCUUCUGGUUUUGUUCGGGAAAGCUCGUGCAGCUACGCGCAAACAGCUCAGCAAAACCAUUACAUAUUUCUCGCGUGUCAGUAAACAAUCGACCAUCAAGUGUCAUGCAUGAUGGGAGGGAAGUACGUUUCAUCUUACGGUCCAUAAAGUUCCAAAAUGAUUUUGGACAUGCCCGAAUGGAUAUCUGGACACGGCGAAUGUAAUUAGCAUACAAUUUUCGGUUAUGAAACUUGAAGAUUCUUGCAGCCUCCAGGAAAUUGCUUCUAUCGGCUUCAUUGCGUGUACGACUGAAUAUACGAUACGCAGAACGACGCAUUCUUUCUAACCUUUUAAGGUAUCUAGUGCACCAUGGUUGAGAAUUUGUAAAUAUUCGUUUAGGUACGAAUUGCUCAAUAAUGUCUGACACUGCUGACGUAAGGUAUUCAGAAGCAGCUUCUACAUCCAUGUUUCGAAGUCCAGUCCAAUCAGUGUCCCUCAACGCUUGCUUUAUGCUAACAAAAUCAGCUCUGGCAAAAUUAUAAGCAGAUACAGCACCAGGCAAGACUAUGCCGGAAUUAUCGUCUGAACUAGUGUGGGAAAACUGCAGCUUGAUUUCCAAUGGUGGAUGGUGGUUAUCAACCGGAACAAUCGCGACAAGGGAGACAUAGACUGACUGCACAGGCACGCUAUCUUCAAGAUCAUUUGAAACAAACACAAGAUCCAAUUGCCUUCCUAGGUCAUUUACUAUGCCACUGAUUUGUUUUAAGCAAUGAUAAUUUAUCAAAUCCAAAAAGCGAUUUUGACCAGGCAUGGAUGACGCGGGUUCAUAGUGCCUAUCGAUAGCACGCCAGGAGAUCAUUGGUUGGUUGAAGUCACCCAACAGACACAUCGUAUCGUUGUCGUUCAUAGAAACACUCACACUAUCAAGAGCCUCGUCGAGAGCAGUCAUAGUUGCAGUAUUUGUACUAAGGUCAGGAGGGAUGUAACUUACACCGACAAAUAUUUUACUUGAAGGCAACAGGAUUUUAACCCAGCAGUGUUCGAUACUCGUUAUAUUGGUGUGCACAGGAAGGCAUUUGAGACGUUUGGAAACAGCAAUCAGGACACCACCACCUAUCUGUCUGGCACUGUUAUUAGCAUUUCUAUCGCUUCUAUAGAUAGCGUAUUUGUCACAGAUUACUUGCUGCGAAAGUAUGGUAUCAUCAAGCCAUGUUUCUGUGAGAACAAUAAUAUCAUGAUCAAGCUCACUAGAAGCAAUGUACACAUCCUCAAGUUUAGUGCGUAGUCCAUGAACGUUUUGGUAAUAAAUGCUAAGGUCAUUAUUCGUCAUUGUUCGUCCUUGAUUAUUACGGCAGGCGACCCCUGUAGGAUUGACAUGAUAGCCGUGCGAUUGUGUGAGUGUAGUGUCCGUUCUUUGGCGAUGGUUUGUUUUGAUUUCACGAUCAUUAAGUUGCGUGCGCCUUUCGUCAAUCACUGCCUCAGUGGAAAAAAUAUUGUUUGUUAUAGGAAAAACAAUCGUCUGAUCUACUUCAGCAUAUCCUGCAUCACGAUGUCACUGUUUCUGCACGAGGAGCGGCGCUAUCUGCGGGGCGAGGUGGACAAACCGAUCGGCGAAAGCUUCCUAGAGCGGGACACCAUCUCGGGCGUCACGGUCAAAUUCAAUGUACUGUUGCUCAUCUUUGCCACCUUGGGCGUCCUGUCGUCCGUGCUCGUUCUAAUCGGAUUAAAAAUGAACAACCGUGGCCUACUGUUGCCAUGGAUUGGGGUCAUGAUAGCGGAUCUGCUGGUCGAGUGUGCACAUUUUGUCUAUCUCAUAGCCAUAGAAACGCUUAAAUUUGAACCAUUGACGGCGAUGCUGUUUACCAUUGAUUUUUUCAUCAUGUGUCUUAAUAUUUACUGUUUGCUGUGCGUGAUAUCGCAGUACCAGGAAUAUAAAGCUGGCCGCGGACAGGCCGAUGACGAUUCGUACACUUGCCCCACCAACAUACAGUACAGUCCGCCGGCGCCCACCUGUCUACCGCAGGCCAAAACGACAACGCUCAGCCCCGUCAUCUGUCCGCACUCCAACUGCACCCUCAUCCCGGAGGAGACGCAGAUCAAUGGAACGUUCGUGGGAAGUGUAGCAUCGUCCCCGCUAAGGCCGCCGCCUCCGACGGUCCGUCCGCCGAGAGGGUCGCUGCUGAAGAAGCACGUCAAGUUUUCGGCCAGCGAUAAGCCGAAGGGCUGCUGCACGGGCAUCAUCCAUCCGGAGAACAUCAUCAAAGACGCCACCAAACCGAACGGCCACAUGAUGGUGUCGAUCGAGACGCUGCCCGAGUACAGCGAGGAUAAGCUUUCCUGGCACGAGCAAAAGCUGUCCAACGCCAAUCAACUGUAUCCGAGCGUAAAAGGCUCGACCGCGCAGCACCAUCAGCAGCAGCCCGAACACUAACCAUUCUCUCUCUCCAAACGGUGCCCAACCCACACCGUGUCAAACUGUGGCCAUAAUCGAAUUCCUUUAGGAGUAAGCACUCUCUCCCCGGAAUUCGAUCGUACGCGCGGAUGUACCGCAAUGCACACGGCGGAAGCACCCAUAAUAACAGGGCACAGGGCGCUGCUAUAACGAGCAACGAGCGGAGCAGAAGAAAAAAAAAACAAGCCAAAACGAUCACUGGAAUGCGUAAAACGGCCACAGUCCAAUCUAGUUUUUCGAGCGCUUCCUACAGCUAUCAUUUCGCAGUUUUACGACCCCCACCGUUCCUCGUGUUGUUCGAUAGAGUUUCGAGCGCAAGGGCAUAGUUUUUACUUUAUUUUUGUUUUUGCCGGUCAAACAGAUACUGAGCAGUAGUGAUACUUUUCGUUUAAUGUCCUUCCUCAUAGCAAAGCAAAAAAAAACAGAGGCGAUUGCCUAAUGUCAAUGACCGUACCAAUGACGAUGGCGCCAACAACCCCGAGGGGAGCGAGUAUAUUCAUUAACACAGGGAAGGACUCUUGUUUUUUUUUGGGAAUUCGUUUGAAAACAAAUUUGCAAUGACCACACGCCAUAACCAUUCCAAUUGGAUGUUGCUGGAAAUGGAAAAGAAAUGAACAUGAAAGGAACGAAGGUAGCAAAACAAAGCAUCAAAUAGUCUUUACAAUGUUGGGCCAUUAACUGGAAAGCAAAACACGCCACAGUGAUCAGCCGCUCUUCAGGCUGUGGUUUUGUUGUGGCUGGCUGGAGACUUUCAAAAAGGAUGGCCAUUUUGAAAGCAUGGACCGGCGCCGGUAAAUCAUUCGAAGUGGAAGCUAACUUCGCAACCCCCAAAAGCACGCGUCUCAAGGCGAACGAGUGUUCUUCCCCUUAUCCUGCAAGAUGAGCCCCCUCCGGUUGUUUUGUUAGUAUUAUUAUCGGGCAAGCAUUUCUAAAUCAUUAUCCAGCAUGUGAUAAAUGAGUGACGCACAGUGAGCGCUUCUGUGCUUUACCUUUUUUUUACCCCUUGGGAAUGAUCUCGGAACACCGUAUCAGUAUUGCAGAUCGAGGCACGAUUUCACCGCACCACUUAAUCAGCACGCUGUUCUGCUCACCUGCUCAUCUGCUUACAGCGCCCACAGCUUGUUCCUUCGUUAGCGCAAUGACUGGUUGAAUCAGCGAAAAUAGAAGAAAACACUUUUAAAUGGUCGCAGGUUUUUGUCUUUUGCCUGCCGCAUUUUUUUUUUCCUUUUGCCAUCCAAACCCUUGGGUUGGGCGAGACAUCUCUCAAACUCAACGCAUCAUUAUAGAGCGCGGCUGUCUGGUACGCUUGUGCCGUCACCUGUCGCCUUUCAACCGGCGGACCAACAAAAGCGAAAACCGCAGUGACGGAUGGAUGGAAGCAAAAUUUGCCACCCUCAGCCUUUUGUGUCGUUUCAUCCCAUUGACUCGCUAUCCGCUCCUCCACAGACGCGUGGUUGCUGAGCGCUUCUUGCGCCUCGCAACGCGCCUGAAUGUAUGCAAAAUGAGCGCAAAUUAUUUCUCAAGUGGCUGCGGGCUGAGCGUACAAAAGGGGGGGGCGAGCUUUAGACUGUCACAAAAAAACAACAAACGGGACACACGCUGUCCAUGUAACCUCCUCUUCUUUCCCUCCUUUCUUGGUUCUUCUUCAUCCUGCUCCCCGGUCGUUGAUGUUGCCAAUGUACUCCCGAAGCUGAUCGCAGGAAAUGCCGCCAGUCAGGAUAAAUGACACUUCCUUGGUGGGACAACGGUCACCACCCACCGCCUAACCCCACCCGUUUCCAAACCCCAAGGGUCCAAGGGGCGAAGCAGCAAUUAAUUAGUGCACGGAAAAUCUCGUUGAUGUUUUUGUUUUCCUCUUGUGCGAGACAUUUGCCUUUGCCGCUCGAGUCCCCCUACCCGCAUGAAGAGGGCCCGGCCAUUUUAAACUGCUUGCGCUCGGGGCCCAAUGUCAAACUUGAGGUGGCGUUCGGGGUUAAAACGGGGGAAGGGGUGUCGAUGGAUCGAAUUACCAUUUCACCAUUUCCUUCCCAUUUCGCAUUUCGCACGGGCAAAGCAAGGGAAGAAGUGUGCCUUGGGCCGGCCCCGUUGCUCGAGAGCGGGCGUGCUCGAUCGAGGUUAAUUGUAAUCGCGCAAUCAGCGUAAGGUAUGAACAAGGUAGAAAUGCAAUUAUUUUAUAAUGAAUCAAUGCACCGCACUUGCCGCUUUUUGUGCUGUCGCAUGCUCUUUUCUUCGGUUGUUGGAGCUUGCUCGCUGUUGUUGCUUCCCUUUGAGUUGAGUGUUGUCGUGUUUUUUUGUUUGUCGAGUUUCAAGCGUUCGGUUCAAUAGCGCUUCUUAGCAAAAUUGAGUGUAGUUCGUGGCAAUGAAAAUGUGGUAUAUGGGUUUAAAAUGAACACUGCGCACACUUACAAUUAUAAUUAGGACACGAUUUUGCGUGGGGGAAAGAGCGAAGCAUUGAACGAAUUGAGAAAAGUGAUGAAGUGAUCUCGACGAACGAUCGUGAGUAAUAGAAUGAAAUAAUCAUAUUUAUUGCUCUUUCGUAGAAGAAAACAAUCACGUGUCUUGAGGGCUACGGAUUUCUGUCCCAUGAUCGCGUCGUGAACGAACCAAACACCGUGCAUACAUACACGAUAGCGUUAAGCAAGAAGACAGACCACAUACAACAGGAACUGUGCUGAUGACACAGCGCACGCUUGGGCUUUACUCUCGGAUGCAACGUCAGUGGGCCACGCAAAGCAAGCAGAUGCGAGAAAAGCUUGCCAAACCCAAAACCCUCACCAUGAACUAAAUUACAGGAAACCGGUAGCGACUGUGUGUGUGUGUGUUUUUAGUUUUGUGCGAUUCAUUUUUUUACCAAAGUAACGGGAGGGAAUGUAUGUGUAACAGGGGAGAGUAGAAGACGGUAGACGGAAUGAACACAGCUGAGAGCUGUGUGGCAAAACUGUGUGAUAUUUAAGAGUAUUUACAGAUAAAAGGGAAAGAAGGAAACCAAUUGAUUGUAAGGGGUACGACGGGCGGAAGGGUAUAGCGGAGGAAAGGAUGUGUAAAAAGGUGAAGUGCGUGAAGAAAUAUAUUUGUAUCUGUACCGAUUCACAGAGCUAGCCAUUGAAUCGGGUGUGUCUUA